CGACGGCGACAUUGUCCGCAGCUGUUAUAAUCAUCUAAGAGAGAGAGAGAGAGUUGGGAGAUUUCGAGCUUCUCUCUAUUUCUGCACAGAUUGUGUGAGCAGCAUCGUCUAUUUUUGCAUUGUAUUUUCUGCAUAAGCAUAUACGGAUUUACCUGUCGCUGUUACAAAUGAAGGGAUCUAAAUAGCAAAGAAACUCAAACUCUCUUGUCACUUCAGCAAAAUUUUUUGAUGAGUGAUUUUAGGUGAAAAGGUGGUUUUUUUAGUGUGGGGUGAAGUGAAAUUUCUUGAGUUGUUAUAGAAAUCUGAGCAUUUCCAAUAAUUGAGAUUGGAGGAGAGGAGCAGAGGAGAAGGUGCUGUUUUCGCCUGAAUCUGUCAAGAUUUAAGCCAAAAUUGACUUGUCUGAUUUGAAAGGGGAGGGGUAUGUUUGCAAAGUGGAGGUGAGAAAAGGGAAAUGGUUGUAUUUGCUGUGUCGUUUGUGGUGUAGGCAGAGAGAUCAUGUGCCAAACAGUGAAAACUUCAGCUUGAAAAGAACUCUCCCUGCAGAUCCAUUCACAUAGCUGUCUUGGUACCACUUCUGGAGCCUGCAUGUUGCAUUCACUCUCUGGUUAAAAACCAAAACUGUUGAAGAUAUCAGUGCUUUGACUGAAAAAGAAAAGAAAAUAAUAAUUGCUCGGGGUGGGAAAAAGAGAGAGGGGUUCUUGAUUGGAAAAGGGCUUUUUUUUCAUUUGGGGGGUGGGAGAGAACAGUGAACAAGUCAGUUGUAAGUGCAUGAGUUUCAUCACAACUUUUAGUGGUGGUGGGGCCUAAUAAUGCGCCUAAUGUUUCUUGUUGCUGUUUUCAUUUGUAGACAGACAUUCAUAUAGAUAUAGUGCUUCAAGCUGUGGCUGUCUUUUGAGGGAGACGGAAGGAGCCUUUUUGUUUGGGAAGGAAUUCUUCUUUUUAUAUGCUGUGAUUGUGAAGAUGAGUAGAGAUUUGAAGAAAGGGGAAAAGGUGGAAAAGGGCUCUUCUUCUGCCAUGGCUGAGAAGGUUGUGGUGGCUGUUAAGGCAGCUAAAGAGAUUCCUAAGACUGCUCUGGUUUGGGCUCUGACUCAUGUUGUUCAGCCUGGGGAUUGCAUCACUCUUCUUGUUGUCAUAUCUUCACAGAGUUCUGGUAGGAAAUUAUGGGGCUUCCCAAGAUUUGCUGGCGACUGUGCUAGCGGUCACAGGAGAUCGAACUCUUAUGCAAAUGCAGAGCUGAAAUCUGAUAUUACAGACUAUUGCUCUCAAAUGAUUCUUCAGCUUCAUGAUGUUUAUGAUCCAAAUAAAAUCAAUGUGAAGAUAAAACUCGUCUCUGGGACGCCAAUUGGAGCAGUUGCUGCAGAGGCGAAGAAAAACCAAGCGAAUUGGGUCGUUUUGGACAAACACCUUAAAAACGAGGAAAAGCGUUGUAUGGAAGAACUGCAAUGCAACAUCGUUGUCAUGAAGCGCUCACAACCGAAGGUUCUUCGACUGAAUUUAGUCGGGACAGGUAGAAAGGAGCAAGAAGCAGUCAGCUCUGAUGAUAACAAAUCUUCUGAGAAGCAAGAGCCCACUCGUGGACCUCUCGUUACCCCGUCAAGUAGCCCUGAGACGUUCACCGCCACUGAAGCUGGAACGUCAUCUGUUUCAAGCUCCGAUCCUGGAACUUCGCCUUUCUUCAUCACUAACGUGAAGGACGCCCUGAAGAAGGAGAAGCUGCUCGUUAUUACUAAGCAAGAGCGCGAGAUUCAUGAGUCCAGUUCGGAUUCUGAAAGUGAGACUCUGUCUUCGUCUUCGAGUCUGAGGUUUCAGCCGUGGAUGGCGGACAUUGUCGGUUCGCGCUGUCAGUCCAUGGACCACGUCGGAGAAAGCUCCGGACGAUAUAGUACUCGUAUGCAAAAUCCUGCCACCAAAGCCCUGCUUGAUAAGCUGUGUAAGCACGAUGACGAAGGUGGCUUCCGAUCCCCGAGCUACAGGUCGACUCUUGAGUUCAGCAGCAAUUUGAGAGAAGCUAUUUCGUUUUCGAGAUCAGCUCCGCUCGGGCCUCCACCAUUAUGUUCUAUAUGUCAACACAAGACGCCCGUAUUCGGGAAGCCUCCUAGGUGGUUCACUUACGCAGAACUGGAGCAUGCAACGGGAGGGUUCUCGCAAGCAAACUUCUUAGCCGAGGGCGGUUAUGGAUCUGUCCAUAGAGGUGUCCUCCCUGACGGCCAGACAAUCGCCGUCAAGCAGCACAAGCUGGCGAGCUCUCAAGGCGAUCAAGAGUUCUGCUCGGAAGUUGAAGUUCUGAGCUGCGCUCAGCACCGGAAUGUUGUGAUGUUGAUUGGCUUCUGCAUUGAGGAUGGCAGAAGAUUAUUGGUGUAUGAGUUCAUCUGCAAUGGAUCCCUCGACUCUCAUCUUUACGGCCGCCAUCAGAACACGCUACCUUGGAAUGCUCGGCAAAAGAUCGCAGUCGGAGCAGCUCGUGGCUUGCGGUAUCUUCACGAAGAAUGCAGGGUUGGUUGCAUCGUGCACCGAGACAUGCGCCCCAAUAACAUCCUCCUUACUCAUGAUUUCGAACCAUUGGUGGGAGACUUUGGUCUAGCUAGGUGGCAACCCGAUGGCGAAACAGGAGUCGAAACCAGAGUAAUUGGAACGUUCGGGUACCUGGCGCCUGAGUAUGCUCAGAGUGGUCAAAUCACAGAAAAAGCCGACGUGUACUCAUUUGGCGUCGUGCUGGUGGAGCUCGUCACCGGGCGCAAAGCAGUCGACCUCAACAGACCCAAGGGCCAACAGUGCCUCACCGAAUGGGCGCGGCCGCUCUUGGAAGCUUAUGCUGUUGAUGAGCUGGUAGAUCCGAGGCUGGGAAACAACUACAACGAGGGCGAGGUUUACUGUAUGUUGCAUGCUGCAUCGCUGUGCAUACGUCGGGACCCUCAAAUGAGGCCUCGUAUGUCUCAGGUGCUUCGGAUUUUAGAAGGCGACGGGACGGAUUCAGGUCCGCUGAUUACAUCGGGGUCUGAUGUGGGCAGCCGGAGCGGAAGGAUGUGGUCUGAGCAACGUCAACAUCAGCACCGGCAUCGACGCCACAUGUCAAGUGAAUUGUCUGGGCGAUUGAGCUCGAACCUAUCUCUUAAUUAGAGAAAAAAGUUGGACUUAUGCAUCAACAAAGCUGUUUUAGAUUGAUGCCAUCGAGAUUUUUGCAUUGUGUAUAGCAAUGGUAGAGUAUAAGUUUCUGUAACCAUCAUUGAGAAAUGGGAUACCCAAUUGCUUGGUUAGUAAUAUAUACAUAUUUUGUUUUGAAA